CCGUGACCUCUCAUAGGCGCCUAUGCUCACAGCCGUCGCAGGCUGUAAGUAUUUGAGACGGACGUAAGCCAUGUCGAACAAUAGGCCAGCGAACGUUUAGCCAGAACAGCGAGCUGAAACACCUGUCCAGCCAUGGCAGCUGCAGGGAAUGGAGAUGCGGCGAUUUCCAGCAUCUGCGCAGUUUUUCCUUCAGGAGCUGCCGAUGCUUCUGUGGACCUGCGUCGGGAAGCCGCCCUCCACCUUCUCAGCCUUCCGGGAAACCGCGAGACGCUUGCACGUGUCGGCGAGCAUGUCUCCAAGGUAAACCCCGACCUGUGGCGUACGGCCCGCAGCAAGGACUUUCGGUUCAAAAACGUGGUCAUUCACCCCGAGAGCUACGGCAUAUUCGCAUGGUCGGACAAGGACCAGAGCGUGAGGCUUGACAUGGCGGCGCUAGCAUCUGCCAUUGGAGACGACCACCACCCGGCCUCCGACAACCAGGUCCGACAAAGGCACGCUGGCACUGCUGGUACCGCCUGCCCCCCCGGCACCGCUACUGGCAUCCCGCCUACGUUCGGGACCUUCGACACCUCUUUCGCCCCUGGCACCACAUCCGCAGCCUCCUUCCUAGCCACCCUGGACAACCCGACAGCGCUCCUCUCCUCUACUGCUACCAGUCUUCGGCCCCGCAACUCCCGCACCGCUGCACCGCCGCCUUCCCGAAGCCACCAGCCGCCGAGGCAGCGGGAGGCACUAGGGUGCUGGGACCCCGUCCUCGCUGUGCCGCCGAUACCUGCUAAGGUAGCUACAGGGGGCACAACAGCUGCUGCUUUGGAUUCAGCAGCAGCGCCAGCAGCAGCAGCACCACCACCAGCAGCGCCAGAAGCAGCAGCACCACCACAAGCAGCACCGCCACCACCGCUACCACCUCUCGCAGGUAGCAUUAACAAUGCUGCAGGUGCAGGUCGCGACCACGCCUCCUCGCAGUCACCCAUCCUCACAGAAAGCCUCCAAACCCUGGACACGGUCACCCGGGAGCUCGGGGAGGAGUGCCCCGAGCUGCUGUCCAACCUGCUGGCAGCAGCGGAGCUGGCCUGGCCGGGGCCCUCCGCGCUGUCGCGGCUGCGGCGCCGCGCUGCCACGGCGCUGGUGCUGCUGCAGGGGGAGCAGCACGUGUGCAGCAUGGAGUGGGACGUCAUGCGCGGGAUGCUGCUCCAGCGGCACGGGGCGGAUGUGGAGGAGCUGCUGCGGAGCCCGGGAGCAGCGAUGGCAGCAGCAGCAGCAGGCAGGGGCACUCGCGACGCCCCUGGUAACGCUGGCUCCUCAGAAGAUGCCUUGCGCUUGCUGCUGCCGGACGGUCGACCCCUAGGCGGCGCUGGAGGCGAUGUGGGCGCUGGCGCCGAUGGCGCCGGCGGCGAAGGGUGUGAUGAUGACGAUGGUGAUGACGCCCUGCCGCUGCUGCGUAUUGUGGAGGCGCCCGGCGGCCAGACGCGCAUACAGCUGGUCACGUUGCAGCGCCUCAUGUCGCUGCCGCAUCGCAGCACGCUAGCCAGCGCCGCCGGUGGCAACGAACCCAACGGCCAUGCAGCUCCUGCCGCCGUUUCCACUGCCACGGCUUCUGCUACGCAGGCCGAGGUGCAUGCGCCGAGGGCACCCGACGCCGGCAGCGCAGGCGGCGGUGGCAGUAGCGGCAACGCCGGGGAAGAUAGUGCCGCAAUCGACGCCGCGAUCGCAUCCGCAUGGCCCGGGAAUGAGCCACUAGAAAGGGUUAAACGGUGUGCCGCGACGUUGCUGGCAAGAGUGGGGCCGGCCGAUGGGAUGGUGCAGUCAGGGUGUGUGGCCCCGUACUCGAUGAUUGCCGGCAGCUUUGGGGGCCUGCUGAGCAAACUGGAAAAGGAGGCGUUCUUCGCGUUGAACCGUGUGAAUGGAAGCCGCAUGAAGCAGCUUGACGAAAGCGGUGACAUCAGCUGCAGGGGCGCUGGCUACCUCCGCCUCCGGAUCCGCGGACCUGGCGACGAGGGCGUCAUGACGCUGCUACUCAGCAAACUGCUGCGUGACUGGCGUGCCGGCGUGCUGCCCGGCAGUGCCACGGCUGCUGCCACCUCCUCUGUCUCCUUGGGCGCUGCCGCCACCUCAUCCUCGGCGCACACCGGGCAGCUGCAGCCGCCCCCGGGCAGCUUGCAUGCACCACCACCGCCUCCCCCGCCGCCGCCAAAGACGGUCCUAGCAGAUUCGGGCGUUCCUGGUCCUGUCCCCAUCGCUCACGAUGACACCAUUCCUGCCAACUCCGCGCCCCGUCGCCCGCAUAAUAGACCCUUUGAGGUGCGCUUGCUGCAGCUCUUCCCACUAGAGCCCCAUCCCGCCCGCGCCACUACCGCCGCCGAUGUCAGCAGCCUGCGGCAGUGUGACGACGCCGUGCUAUGUCACCUGGCGCGGUUGAUGGCAAGGGCUCUGACGGAAACCCCGUCGAAGCGAGGGAGAAACAUGCCGCUGGCGAACUUGGAGCAGAAAUUGCGGCCAAGGUUGCACCAAGCUGAAGAGCUGCUGCUGCAGCGUUGGCCGUCGCUGCUGGCGGGUUUGCUAGCAGUGUGCGAGGCGGCGCCGGGGGUGUUUGAGCUGCGUCAAGAGGGGAGAAAGGCUGCGAUUUGCAUCCGUCUGGUAGACCCGCAGCUCAUGCAGUUGGCGGAGGAGCAGCGGGGGGGGACCGAGAAGAGCAACCCCGCAGCAGCAGUAGCAGUAGCGGAGGAGCAAGCCACUGCAAACAGUAGUGGCAUGGCGUCAGCUGCCUCCGUGGUAGCACACGUGGACACGCCGCUUCAUGCGCCCCCUGCGCCUGCCCAGGGGAAAGGGCCAUGCACGGCUCAAGAAGGAGAGCCGCAUGCGCAGCCCAGUGCGGCUGCCUCGACGACCGCUGACAGCCCUGCCGCAGCGCAACCACAGCAGCCGCUGCAAGACACCAGCGCCGGUGUUGCGGCCUCCGGCAUGCAGCCCCUCAUUCUUGCUCCCAAGCAGUCGCGUAAGAAAACUCCACAGAAACCCUUUGAGGUACGCCUCGCGUCGCUGUUUCCCGAGGAAGGUGCGGACGACCCUGCUUGCGGCGGCGGCGACGGCAAUGGUGGGUCCGACAGCACGUGCUGCCUGGGUCCCUUCGCCGCAAAGCUUGCCAAGUCCAUGGCUCGCGCGCUGGCUGGGUCGCCGCCGCAAUGCAUGAUGCCGCUAGGGCCCCUAGUUGAGCUGCUGGCAGCAAGGCUGCUGGGGGCAGCUGCAUCCAACGUCAGUGCUGAUGCCAGCGCCGGUGACGGCCCCUCCGGCGUGUGCGGAGCGUCGGCUCCUGCUGCUGACUUGGAGCGGCUGCGUGAGGGUGUGAUGGCCAUGUGCGAGCUGUUCCCAGAGGCCUUCGAGCUGCAGAGCGGGCCUGCGGGGGAGGGAGAGGGUGAGAACGGCGGUCAGGCUGCCAGCCGCAUCCGUCUGGUAGACCCGCAGCUCAUUCAGAUGGCGGAGGAGCAGCGGCUGAGCAAGGAAGCGAAGGCGACAGCAGUAUUGGCCGCAGCAGCAGCAGCGGUGCAAGAACCCGCCGGUGCCGCUGCAGUAGGCGUGAAAGCAGGGGAGCCCGUCCCUGCCGCUCCGGCAGGAGCCACGCUACAGCAGCAGCCGCAGGCUGUGGCGUCAGCACCAGCAGCGGCUGCAACUGAGGACAAAGCAGCGGCCCCAUCUCCUUCCGAAGCCCCCGCGUGUGGCAAGACGACCAGGACAGCAGACACACAAGGCUCAAACGGUCCCACUGAAGCCACACUAGCGGAGACGAUGCCCCUGCGCUGUCCACCUAGCCACGACUCCGCCGGCACCGCCGCCACCCUCGCUGCGGCGGCAACAGCGCAAACCGCUGGAGCAGCUCCGUCGACCUCAUCAGCGGCGUCGGCAUCCUCGAGUACACCGUCGAUUUCCUCAGCGACGGUUUCCAUACAGCGUUGUGCAGCGGAGGUGCUGGCGGCGGCGCCGCCACCCCACGCGAUGGACGUGGCGUUGCUUGGGAACAUGGUCAUCCAACGGCUGGGCCGCGGCCGGCUGCCCGUCAGUCUCAAAUCUGCGCUCCGAGAGGCUCCGGACGUCUUUGAAGUGCUGGAGGGAGAGGGGACGGGAGCAGGAAAGAGGAAGGGGCAAAAAAUGGUGACGGCGCGCCUCAUCUGUCCUCGGCUGUUGAAGAAGGCUUCCGCUUCUGCUGCCGCGGCACCUGCCGCUUCGUGCGUAGCACUGCAGCCGUCCAAGGCGAAGCAGCCGCACGUGCAGCAGCAGCAGCAGUCCGGCGACCUGACUACGAGUGUGCAACAUGCCGCAAAGGCGAAACGUAGUGCGGAGGCAAGCGCGGCGACGCAACAGCCGCCGAAGCGCACGCAGCAACAGCAACAGCAGCCGACGCAGCAAUCUCAGCAGACCCCGCGGCUAGCCCCUGGCAGCAACACCAAGCCGCAGGCCGUAGUUGGACCGCAGCUGGGCGACCGGAGUGCCGGUGCAGCUCCAAGCUCUGCCUUGAAUGCAGCGGCGGCGGCAUCAAUAGCAGUAGUUACUGCACCGGCGCUCCAAGCUGCAGCAGCGCGGAAGACGGUGAAGGCGGUGCCAGCGGCUGCAUUGCCCGGGAAAGCGCCAGAGGCACCUUCGGCGCCAACGCCUUCGGCCACGCCGGCGCCUGCCGCAGAGGCGGUGCAACAGCAGCAGCAGCACCCGCAACGCGCCAGGAUGCCGCUACCCAUUCCAGUACCCAUCCCGGUACCUAUCCCCGUGCCCGUGGGGGAACCUGCGGAGGCGGCUAACAAGGCCUCCGGGGCGGAGCAAUGGAGGGGCCUUCAAGCACUAAGCGGGCCGACCCAUGGGUCGACGCAGUCACGCCCGCCACCGCCGCCGCUUAUGGCGUGCAGCAAGGAAGUGCCGGCGGCGGCCGCGGUUUCUGCUUCAGCAGCCAUGCCGUGGCCCUCCUCAUUCACUACGACGCCAGCGUUAACGGCAGCAGCAGGUGCAGAGACGCUGUCGACAUCAACAUCCUCCUCCUUUUCAACAUUUACAUCUUCCGCGGCUGCGGCUGAUGCGGCAGGGAGGUACCAGACCAUGACUGCUGGUCUCGCUCCGGAACCCGCCGUACAGUACGUGUCGGAUCCGUACUCUCCCGAGUACGUGCAGAUGAUGCAGCACUGCCAUGCCUGCAAGCAGAUCGGCCUUGCCGUACAUUCGUACGGCACUCUGCCAUGCCUCCUUGCGCUGUACGCACCGGGCACUGGCGCAGAUCCUGACACGGCUUCGGUCACGGAAUUCAGCGGCGGCGGCGGCGGUGACCGCAGCCGCAACCUCGCUGCGGUUUCCGGGAUCCGCCGCGCUCUGGGCGCGUCGGCAGCUGCUGCUAGGGAAACCUUUGCCGCGACCGUGUACUUGGUAGACUGUACGGCAAGUGCUGCGGUGUACGGCGGCGGCGCUGGCGGCAAGGCGGUGGUGGGCGCGCUGCUGUCGAGUCUUCGGGGUCUGCUGGAGGAGCCGGAGCUGGUCAAGGUGGUGUACGGCUGUGAGCAGGUCCGCUUGCUGGAGCUGGCGUGCGGGGGCGGUACCUGCGUGGCCCCCCUGCGUGACACGGCGGCCCUCUGCCACGCGCUCAUAGCCAUGCUGCAGCCCCUGCCGCCACCGCCCGACCUGGCCCGGCUCCAACAGCAGCAGCAGCAGCAACCCCGGUCCCAGCCUCCGGGAGGAGGAGGCACCGGGCCGCCGCACGCUGCUGCAACCACGGCCGCAAGCGAUGGCUUGCUGUCGUCCCCUUCUGCGAAGGGACAGCAGCUUAACCGCGCAAAACGGCGUGCUGCCAAGGCAGCAGCAGCAGCACCGGCCGGGACUGCCGGCGGGAGUAUCGGCAGCACCGCAACCGAGGACGCCGCCUCCUGCUCCUCCUCUUCCUCCGCCGCCGCGGUUCCCGUCCUCGCCGCUGCGCUGUCUCAGCUGCACGACCACGUGGGUGCGCUGCGAGGCGCGCUGGAGGAGUUGGGGCUGUGGAGCAACCGGCCCUGGCUGCUGACCUCCCUGGUGGGCCAGCACUUCAUGGCGCUGUACGUGAGGCUGCAGCGGGUGGCGGGCAGGGAUGCGCAGUGGC